ACCACCUCCUCACGCUAUCCAUCUAUCCUCAGCACCUUUUUCCUCGCCACCCACGCUACAUUGCCGAUAACUAUGCCAAAUUUCUCGUGGCGUCUUGAAUCAGUUCCCGCUACCUGUUGAUGCUAAUUUUGCCCCUUCCAACCCGGUCCUCAUUGGGAAAGCUGGGGUCAGCUGUCAAGAGGGCCCCCGUAUCCCUGGUUACAAGACAUGCAAAACGGCACUCCAAAUGGUAUACCGCACCAAAAUGAACGAGUGACCCCGGAAUUCGAGACCGUUUUGUCUGAAAUUCCUUCGAACGAUCUUGCCGUUGAUCCUACGACCCGUGAUUCGAUCCCUUCCGAGCUCAAAGAAGAGGCUGCGGUCGAGCACGAUGAUGGUCCUCCAUCCAAGAGGCGAAAAUUCUCCGGUUCCACCCCUUCUCGUCGCUCGACCCCCCGGCCGAUAUCCCCUCCCUGGAAAAAGGCAGGGGUCGAUGGUCCGACCUCGUUCCUCCAGGAUGGCAAACGUCGAUCUUCCCGAGUCAACGCCGUCCCCCUUGAGCUUCAGCCGCCAUCAGAGAAGAGACACACGCGAACAGCCCAGAAGCACUAUGUAGGUAAAGGUCUUUCUGGUCGAGGAAAUGGGGUCGCAUCGUCCCCAUUGUCGAUGUCCCCAUCCCAUCCCGAGACAAACGGGAAACCUCUGGGUGGUGGCGCUGCAGUAAACGGCUCUCCAGUAAACAAUAGUACUAGGACUCCGGCUAGCAGAAGGCAACGGUUCUCGCAUUCACCUGCGCCCAAGCGUACAUUUACAAGAACAAGUCUCUCGAACCUAAGCACGACUCGACCGAUUCGAUCCUCCAUGAACGCUAACUCAACGGUGAUUCAAGCAGACAAUGAAGCCGGCGAAGAACCAGGGGGCGUGGAACAUGAUGAGCACGAUAAGGAUGGGCAGCGCAUCCCGCGCCUUCGGAUCAAGGUCAAAAAGCCGAUGAUUACUAUCCAGCACCCUGCUCACGUCCUCGCUCCUCGGAAGUAUAGUUCUUUUAAGGAAUGGAUCGAGAGUGAUGACGCAAGUUCCCUCACUGAAGGGGUGUUCACACCUGCGGAAGCACUCCAAGAAGCCCAAAAGAGGCAGCGAGUAACCGAUGCGACGGAACCCGGCGGCCUCCUUAGCUCAGAAGUGUGCUCUGCGUUUCUUCCCGAACAGCAGGAAGAACCUUCCCAGCAAUACUCACAUCAAGACCAUCUCGUUGCACAUGCGCUUUACUUCAAGAAACUCUUGGAUCAGGAACACAGACGUCAUCGAAACACAGCAAGACUUUUCGCACAAUGGUGUGCAGAUGCAUGGAGGAAGCGUAAUAAGGACCCCGAGGAUAUUCUGAGGGAACAGCAAGAGGAGAUGCGUGGGAAGCGCAAGCAGCUGGCCAAGGAUCUCAAGAAGAUGUUCGACUUAGCUCGAGCUGAAAUUGACCAAAUGCGCCUCGCGCGCUGGGAGGAGGAGCGGAAGGCCAAAGACCAGCAAGCUUUGGACCGCGCUAUUAAGCAGUCCACUAUGCUUUUCGAGAAACGCCGAAUGGAAAUAUUAGGUGAACUAGGCAGCGAUGCUCCAGAGACCACCGAUGACAGCGAAGCCGACAGUGAUGACGAAUCGGACCAGGAUGAUGAAAGCAAUAUGUCAUCUACAGAUUCCGAAAGCGAAGAUGAAGAUGGUGUUGACGAUGACGAGGGCCUAACGGCAGAAGAACUACGAUUAAAAUACGCAAAUAUACCAGAAGCCCACCAGGACACAGACCACACGUCUGAUUCGGACGCUGAAACCGAUAAUAGUGAUGAAUUGGGAGCCCCUGACCCUCGUGAAUUACCACCAGAAGACAUCUCCUUAGGCCAGGUCGAACUCGAAGAAGUCGACCCAAUGCUCAUGGACGAUAGUGAUGAAUCUACCGAUAUGGACGAUGAUAUGGGUGAUAGUGAUGAAGACGAGUCUAGCGGAGCUGAAUCUGAAGAGGAAGAGGAAGAGGAUGAUGAUGAUGGGCCUGGUUUAUUAGGAUUUUUCUCUUCAAAAAAUUUAGUCGCAAGAGAUUUCCAUCGGGCUAGUGCAGAUGAUGAAGUUGAUAGCGAUCUGUUAAUGGGGGAAGACGAGGGGACACCAGCCCCAUCUGACGACGAUGGGGACGAGGAUGAGUCUGAAGACCAAGACGAAGUUUCUCUUAUUCCGAAUGGGCCAGCAAUGAAAGAACCGGAGACUUCUGCAGGUGCCGCUGCAUCGGUUCUUGAUAAUCAUCUCGAACCACCCGAUACCAGGGAUGCUGAAGGAGAGGUUGCAAUGCCAGUGAACAACGAAGUUGAAAUGACGGAUGUUCCACCGGCCAAUAGCUCGAGUCACUUUGAUGAACUAGCUGCCUCUUCGCGUCAAAACUCUACUGAAGCGAACUUUCCUAAUCACCAGGAACAUGACCAGCAUGAAUUAUAUCCAAACGGCGUCGCUUCGAGUGAGGCAUCCCCAGGAACUCUCGCUACAAAGCCCUCGGAGCCCGAAUCUGUUUCGUCUUACGAAGCUCCAGCAGAAAAGCUCGUUCAGUCUAGCGAAUCUCCGGCUCCUGGGCUUAAAACGCCGAUUCCACAUCUACUUCGAGGAACGUUGCGAGAGUAUCAGCAUUUCGGUCUUGAUUGGCUCGCUGGUCUUUAUACAAACCACAUCAACGGAAUUCUGGCAGAUGAGAUGGGUCUAGGUAAAACAAUUCAAACAAUCGCCCUGCUUGCUCAUCUAGCUGUAGAACACGAAGUUUGGGGACCGCAUCUGGUUGUGGUCCCAACGAGCGUGAUUCUUAACUGGGAAAUGGAAUUCAAGAAAUGGUGCCCGGGUUUUAAGAUCAUGACAUAUUAUGGAAACCAGGAAGAACGACGACAGAAGCGCAAAGGCUGGAUGGACGACAACAGUUGGAAUGUGCUGAUUACGUCGUAUCAGCUGGUAUUGCAGGAUCAACAGGUCCUCAAGCGGAGGAGCUGGCAUUAUAUGAUCCUCGAUGAAGCUCACAACAUUAAGAACUUCCGAUCUCAGAGGUGGCAGGCUCUGCUUACAUUUAGAACCCGGGCUCGACUUCUGCUUACGGGUACACCGCUCCAGAACAAUUUAACGGAGCUUUGGUCUUUGCUCUUCUUCUUGAUGCCCUCUGACGGGGACGACGGUGGUAUUGAGGGAUUUGCGGAUUUGAGGAACUUUUCUGAGUGGUUCCGACGCCCUGUUGAGCAGAUCCUUGAGCAUGGCAGAGAGACAAUGGAUGACGAAGCGAAGCAAGUUGUGACAAAGCUCCACACGGUUUUGCGACCAUAUAUCUUGCGUCGUCUUAAAGCGGACGUUGAGAAGCAAAUGCCAGCGAAAUACGAACACGUUGUCUACUGCAGACUCUCCAAACGGCAAAGAUAUCUGUACGAUGGGUUUAUGUCAAGGGCCCAGACCAAGGAAACACUCGCCUCGGGAAACUACUUGUCGAUCAUCAACUGUUUGAUGCAGCUGCGAAAAGUGUGCAACCAUCCAGAUCUCUUCGAGACGCGACCUAUCUCGACAUCGUUCGCAAUGCCACGCUCUGUCGCCACAGAAUUUGAAGUCAAGGAGCUGCUUGUCCGCAGACGACUCCUGUGGGAACACCCUCUCACAAAGCUUGACUUGGACUUCCUCAACCUAGUCCCCAUCUCGAGGGAGGAUAUCUCCCGCAGGCUAGCAGAUGAUAGCACUAGAAUCAUGGCCUAUGGCCCAUUCAAUACUCUACGCGAACGCCAGUAUCAUCGGACCAACUGGCGGAUGAAGUUCAACGGGUCCAGCAUACAGUCCACGUUGGAUGGGAUGGAAAAUAAUUUUCGGAAACGGAGGAUGGCUGAGCUAGAAAGAUCUCUCUAUUUUGAGUCGAAGCGUCACGGCCGUCGUCCUGUUUACGGAAGUAGUCUGAUCGAAUUUCUUCUGGCAGACAGCAAGCAGCGGCCAACACUCAAUGGGCCAUUGCGAAAACGCUCCUAUGCCGAUUGGUUGUCAAGCCAGUCGUCUAUUCUUGCCUCCAUGAUUCUCUCUAUUGAGGAACGAUCCCAAGCUAUGGAUGGCUACGUUCAGCGCUUUGCCUGUGUUACUCCCGCAGCCGUUGCUGCUGGGAUUACAGAAGCCGCCCUCACGCCGAUUGAGACCCGAUAUCUCACGAAGAAGGAGAGGUUCCCCAAGUAUGAUCCUUUCCAUGAAGCUCAAAUGCGCCUGUCUAUCGCAUUCCCGGAUAAGCGACUUUUGCAAUAUGACUGUGGUAAGCUACAAAGACUCGACAAACUCCUCCGAGAUCUGAAAGCGGGAGGUCAUCGUGCGUUGAUUUUCACGCAGAUGACCAAGAUGCUGGAUGUUCUGGAGCAGUUCCUCAACAUCCAUGGGCACCGAUACUUGCGCCUAGACGGUACUACCAAAGUUGAGCAGCGACAAAUCCUCACCGAUCGGUUCAACAAUGAUGACCGCAUCCUCGCCUUCAUCCUCUCCAGUCGAUCAGGUGGUCUGGGUAUCAACUUAACGGGCGCUGAUACGGUGAUAUUCUACGAUCUCGACUGGAAUCCCGCAAUGGACAAACAGUGCCAGGACCGCUGCCACCGUAUCGGACAAACGCGCGAUGUGCACAUAUACCGGUUCGUAUCAGAGUACACGAUCGAAUCCAAUAUCCUCCGCAAGGCCAACCAGAAGCGAAUGCUUGACGACGUCGUCAUUCAAGAGGGAGAGUUCACCACGGACUACUUUACGAAGCUGGACGUGCGCGCGAUGAUGGACACCGACGAGUCUCUGGAGGGACAAGACGAGGCCAGCGCCGCCAUGGACCGCGUCCUCGCGAAUAGAGUUACUAAAAACUCGCGCGUUUUCGAGCAAGCGGAGGACAAGGAGGAUAUCGAUGCCGCCAAGAACGCGCAGAAGGAGCUGGAGCACGCAGAUGACGGCGACUUCGAGGACCGUGCUGCGGCCUCGUUCAGCCAGCCGCAGGCUGGAACUCCGCUGGCGCCUACACUGGACGGAGAAGGUACGCCCGGUCCUCAGUCUGUGAACUCGCCCGCGGGGCACGCCGCCUCAACCGCCACGGCGGACGAAGGAGCCGAGAUGGAUCAAGCCAUGGGCCAUAUCGACGACUACCUCCUGCGUUUCAUGGAAUGGAAUAUGAAGGACGAACCACUCGUCCUUCCCGCCGACAAGAGCAAAAAGAAAUCCAAGAAGGGGAAAGAACAUCGUCUCCGCAAGAAACGACGUUGACAUACUCCUCCUUUUCUCUUCAUUUAAUCACUGCUCUGGAUUGGAUAGGAUAGGAUAGGAUACGACCUGACAGUUGUCUUGUAUUUGUAAACUUUAUUUUUGAUUUUAACCUUUUAUUUUUUCCGCUUCAAUUGUUGUGUUUCCUAUUUCUAAUGGAUUGACUAUUCUUUCCUAUUACUAUUCAAUGCAUGGCAUGUGUAACUAUGGCAUGGCAUGGCAUGUGUAUGGAGGUCCUGGGCGUGUUUGAUUACUAUUUUGGACUAGCUAACUAACUAACUAUUAUCGGUUCCCUUCCUCCCUCUCUUGCAUGAACAAGAGAGAAAUAUCAGUAGGUAUGAAGUGUUAAGAGACUCAGGACCGGUCCGGUCGUAUAACUACUACCUAGGUACCUACCUAAGUAAGUAGUGUCAAAGGCCACAGACACAGAUACAGACACAGAUACAGACACAGAUACAGACACAGGGACAAA